CGCUUUCCUUACGUACCGCCGUCAGCCACCAAGCUUUUUGGAGUGGGCGCAAGCGAUUCGAUCGUUCCUAUUCGGGUAUUCGUGGCAUCUCCGCCGACUAAGGCGCAAAAAAAAAAAAAAAAGAGGAUAGAGACCACCUGACUCCGACUCCGACUCCCUUUCGUAACUACCUACUUACCUCGCCCGGCGCGAGCCAUCCACCUAACCUUUGCGACGACUCUCGUAUUCUUUUUCCCUUUUACCAACCAUUUUUAUCAAACAAAACGCUGUGAUCUCUCGGUCGCAGCGAGUAAAUCUGUCUCCAUGAUGAUGCUAGAUGAGAAAUAUAUCGGGUUAGCGUUAGCUAUAUCCUCGAGUUUAGCCAUUGGCACAAGUUUUGUAAUAACAAAGAAGGGAUUAAUACAAGUAGAAGAGAAACACGGCUUCUCCGGCGAUGGAUUCGUCUAUCUUCGGAAUCCCUUGUGGUGGGCAGGAAUGAUAACCAUGAUUACUGGAGAGAUAUGCAACUUUGCUGCAUAUGCCUUUGCUCCAGCUAUUCUAGUCACGCCCUUGGGAGCUCUGUCUGUCCUAAUUGGAGCCGUCUUAGGAUCCUACUUUUUAAAGGAGGAGCUGGGAACCUUGGGCAAACUUGGCUGCGCUAUCUGCCUGCUGGGGGCCGUUGUCAUCGUCCUUCACGCCCCCCCUGACGAAGACAUUCAGACUAUCGAUCAAAUUCUGAAUUACGCGAUUCAGCCCGGCUUCCUUUUGUACUGCACGGUCGUAGCCAUCUUCGCGACCGUCAUGAUCUACAAGAUCGCCCCUGUUCAUGGCAAAAAGAACCCUCUGAUCUACCUUUCGAUCUGCUCCACCGUUGGUUCAGUCUCGGUCAUGUCUGUGAAGGCUUUUGGCAUUGCGCUGAAGCUUACUUUCGCGGGAAACAACCAGUUCUCCCACGCUUCAACAUACGUCUUCAUGAUCCUGACAGCUAUGUGUAUCCUUACACAGAUGAACUACUUCAACAAGGCCCUUAGCCAGUUCAGCACCCAAAUAGUCAACCCCCUUUACUAUGUUACUUUCACGACCGCUACUCUCUGCGCUUCUUUCAUCCUAUUUUCUGGUUUCAACACCACUGAUACAGUCAACACCCUCUCUUUACUAUGUGGUUUCCUUGUCACCUUUACUGGUGUGUAUCUAUUAAACCUCUCGCGACGCGAUCCCAAUGGCACGAGAAUGCUUGCUGGGCAGGGCACGGAUGUUACGGGCACCGAUAUGAUCUCAAGUAUCCAAACACGUCUUAGUAUGCAGGCUAGGCGUAGCACGGGUUCGCGGAUAAGCGUAGGAAGCCGAGGACAUUCCGAUAGGGACGGCCUCAUGCGCGCAUACGACUUAGAGCAAGCAGCAGGCGAAUAUAGCCUCAACGAUCUCACCGAGAGCAGCGACGAUGAGCAUCCCCCUAGAAGAAACGGCUCAGCCCCCACGCCCAAAGGCCAUGAAUCGAUCGAAUUGCAGAAUCGGAAGUCGGCCGAGCGAUGAGAAGGGCCAACGUCAAAUUCUUUGAAGAGGAUAACUUCCCACCCAUCGUUAUCCCCUGUCAUCCCUGUCAACAAAUUCUCAACCGCAUUGUAUAUUUUCCAGCCUGGCGAUGCCCAGCCCCCUUUUUUUCUAAUGAAUUAGAACGUUCA